AUGAAUGUAGUUUCACCUAUAACAAAAUAUUCAUUUUCUGAAAAAAAUCUAAACAAAAAUUUAACAGUUAUGGAUGAAGAAAAAUAUAAAGAUUAUGAUACAUAUUUGCAAAAAAAAGAGUCAAUAUAUGACUCAUUAAUUCAUUUAAAGCAUGAAGAUGAAAAAAAUUGUUUUGAUGUAAAUAGUGAAAUUUGUAGAACUGAGUCAAAUUAUGCAGAUUUUUCAACAAGAAAAGUAAAAUAUGUUGUAAAUAAAAGAUUUUCAGAAUUUGAAAAUAUAGAAAAAAAUAUAGAAGAUAUCGAUUAUUCCUUGUUUAAAUAUUUUAGAACGUUACCGCCAAAAUAUAGCGAUGAAAAUGACAUAAGAAACAAUAUUAUUUUUAAUAAUAAUAAUAUAUAUAUAUAUGCAGAAAAUAAAAAUGGAACACUAAAUGAGCAGGCAUGUAUAUCAAUUUCUCCGGAUAACAAUAUCAUUUAUUGUUCAACGAAAGGAAGAAGAUAUACCAUAGGUGGCCACGCUGGUAUACAAAAAAAUGUAAAUAAUGAAUAUAAUUUUUUUGAAGAUAACAAUUCUUUGUCUCCUCAGGACAGUAUAAAAACAUACACUUUUGAUGCAAUUGACAGUUCAGAUAUUUCUAGUUCCUUUACUAAAAUGAACUUAAUCAAAACAAAUGAUGUUCUAGAUGAUUGUAACAUAAAUAAAAUAAAUACAGGAAAUAUAUUUAAUGAGCAUAUUAUCUUAAAUUCAUGUGGUUCAAGCAAUUUGAACACAACAAAAUGUCUAUCCAAAAACUUUUCAGUUCAAAAAUUAUUUAAACAUUAUAAAAAAUGCUCUCAAAAUUUAGAGCAUGAACAAAGAAUAUGUAAACCAUGUGCACAUGUUUAUAAUGGAAAUACAUGUAUGAAUGGGGAUGAUUGCUUAUUUUGUCAUCAUCCUGAUCAUGUAUUAAUAUCAGCAAAAAAAUGGAAAAAACUAGUAAAAAAUAAUAUGGAGAAGUUGAAUAUACUUUUGCACAUAUUGCGUAAUCCAGAUGAUGCUAAUGCAAAUUUAUUAAAUGAAAUGUUGAAGCAAAAUACAAAAAAUUUUAAAAAAAAUAAAAAGUUAAAUAAUAAUAAUAAUAUUAAUAAUAAAAAGCUAAUGAACAACAAUGAUAACAGUAAUAAGAAAAAUAAAAAUAAUAAAAGUAAAAUUUAUUACUUUCCACAAAAAAAUGUAGAUAAACUGUUAAAUUCCUCUUAUAAUAAUUACGAAUCUAAUGAAACUACAGACACUUAUAAAAGUAAAUUUCAUAUUAGAAAUCAUAAUGUGUAUAUGGAGAGAAAUGCUAAUUUUGUUCCAUAUAAUUUAAAUAUGUGA